CUCCAUAGCAAAACACAUUCAUCAAUCAAAAUUCACAAAACAAUGUCUAUUUUUCUUCACCCCAAAACCUCAUUUCUCACUUUACUAUUCCUAUCAUUCUCCACCUUCAUUGCUAAUGCCAUAGUUCCACAAAAUGAAACCUUCAAAUUUGUAAAUUCAGGUGAACUUGGCCCAUUCAUAGUAGAAUAUGGAGCUGAUUAUAGAAUGAUAAGCAUAUUCAAUGCUCCAUUCCAAGUAGGUUUUUACAACACUACUCCAAAUGCCUACACUCUAGCCCUUCGAGUCGGCCUUCAACGAUCGGAACAACUUUUUCGAUGGGUUUGGGAAGCAAAUAGAGGCAACCCGGUUGGUGAAAAUGCAACAUUUUCAUUAGGUGUUGAUGGAAAUCUUGUUUUAGCUAAUGCUGAUGGAAGAAUUGUUUGGCAAACAAAUACUUCUAAUAAAGGUGUUGUUGCCUUUAGGUUACUUUCAAAUGGUAACAUGGUUUUAAUUGAUGCUAAAGGUAAAUUUAUUUGGCAAAGUUUUGAUCAUCCAACAGAUACACUUUUGGUGGAUCAAUAUUUAAAAGCUAAUGGGCCUUCAAAACUUGUUAGUAGGCUUUCAGAAAAAGAAAAUUUAGAUGGGCCUUAUAGUUUAGUUUUAGAGCCCAAAGGUUUAGCUUUAUAUUACAAGAGUAAAAAUUCACCUAAACCUAUUCUCUAUUGGUUUUCAUCUGAUUGGUUUACAAUUCAACAAGGCUCAUUAGAAAAUGUCACACUCAAAUCUGAUCAAGAAUCUUUUGAGUUUGGAUUUGAUUAUUUUGUUGCUAAUUCUUCAACUUUUGGUAAUAGGAUUAUUGGUAGGCCAGUCAACAAUAGUACCUUAACAUAUCUUAGGCUUGGAAUUGAUGGUAACAUUAAAUUUCACACAUAUUUCCUAGAUGUACGUGAUGGUGUAUGGAAAGUAACAUAUACUCUCUUUGAUAGAGAUUUUGAUGAGAGUGAAUGUCAAUUGCCAGAAAGAUGUGGAAAAUUUGGGCUUUGUGAGGAUAAUCAAUGUGUUGGUUGUCCAUUAGAGAAUGGAAUAUUUGGUUGGAGUAAUAAGUGUAGUCCUAAGCCUUUAGGAGUAUGCAAAGAAAGUGAAUUUCAUUACUACAAAAUUGAAGGUGUUGAACAUUAUAUGAGCAAAUACACUAUUGGUGAUAGAGUUAGUGAAGCAAAUUGUGGAAAUAAAUGUACCAAGGAUUGCAAGUGUGUUGGGUAUUUCUACCAUAAGGAUAAUUCAAGAUGUUGGAUAGCUUAUGAUCUUCAAACUCUUACUAAAGUGGCUAAUACCACACAUGUUGGUUAUGUUAAGGUGCCUAAUAAGUAAUAAUGAGAUAAGUCUAGAUUAUUCCUUGGGAAGAUCUAGGUAUUGAGUUUUUAUUUUGUAUCAAUUUAAUUUAGUUAUUAUUUCCUAGUGGUGGUUUUAUAAUGGAAUUGGAAUAAUAAUGUUGUGGUUGUGUCACUAUUCUCCACUUGGAGAAGGGACAUGUUUGUUGAAUAAAUUAAAAAAGUGUGGAAUAAAUGUUAUUGUUUGUCUUUAA